UGCAGACCACUGUUUGGCCAAGUUGUGGAAAGAACUUUUGUCCAGCGACUGCUGUGUCGCUCGCUGGCUGUGCUCACUGGAACCGAUUCAAAAGAAUGGAAGGUCUUCAGAAAUACAUCAGUUAGUGGAACACUGUGUUUGCGGACAAGAGGCGACCAAUGUGCAAAUAUGCGAAUAAAAAGAAUGCAGAUCAAAGACUGACUAAAAAGCGCUUUGUGGGCUAUACCGCCAUUAGUGGGGAAGGUUUUAAGUCGAACUCUGUGGGAAAGGGAGUAAAUUCCCAAACUGGAAAACUUGCUGACAAACACUUACAGUUGAAAUAUGGCUUUGUCUUGGAGAAGUUGGAUAACGAACGAAGGUGGCAAACACCUAAUAUUGGUUAUGUGGCUCGGAGCGAAUACCUGGUUGUUUUGGAGAACAUUCAUUUUGUAUUAUAAUGGUCCGCAGUACUAUUACCUCCACAGGAUGCUUGGGCUAGGAUUGUGUAUUAGCCGGGCCUCUGCAUCUGUCCUCAACCUCAAUUGCAGUCUGGUCCUCCUGCCCAUGUGUCGCUCCUUGAUGACCUUUCUCAGAGGUUCUCAUAAGAUGAUGAGCAGGAAAAGCAGGCGACUCUUGGAUAAAAGCAAGACCUUCCACGUAGCCUGUGGUGUUGCCAUUUGUGUCUUCUCAGUGGUGCACGUGCUGGCCCACUUGACCAAUGCUCUGAGCUUUUCAGUCAGGUACUCCGAGGAGUUCCCCUCUCUGAACAUGGCUCACCACAAGGGAGAGGAUCCACGGAUUAUUAUCUUAACCAGUGUUCCGGGUGUCACUGGUGUCCUGCUGGUCCUCAUCCUCUUCCUGAUGUUCACGGCCUCCUCCUACUGUAUAAGAGUCUCCAGCUAUGAAAUAUUCUGGUACACCCACAACCUCUUUAUCGUCUUCUACAUAGUGCUGCUUGUGCAUGUUAUUGGGGGUGCGCUGAAAUACCAGACCAACGUUGAUGCUCACCCUCCAGGCUGCUUCCGGCCCAACAGAACAAUGUCAGAGUCCCGGCCGAGCCCACAGCCUGACCACGAGUCUGUUCCUCCGGGUUCUGGGCGACCCACCAGCAGGGACGGGUUCAACGGUGUCUGCAGGGAGGAACCCCGGUUCCAAGCCCACUUUCCAGAGACCUGGCUGUGGGUUUCGGGGCCGCUGUGUCUGUACUGCGCUGAGAGGCUGUACCGGUUCAUCCGCAGCAGCACGCCCGUCACCAUCGUGUCAGUCAUCAGCCACCCCUGUGAUGUCAUCGAGGUGCGCAUGGUGAAGAAGAGCUUCAAAGCCAGGCCCGGACAGUACGUUGUAUUGAACUGUCCGAGUGUUUCAUCAUUUGAAGGCCACCCCUUCACUCUGACAGUGUGUCCUACAGCGAAGAAGGCAACGUUUGGCAUCCAUCUCCGUGUGCUGGGAGACUGGACCGAGAGGUUCACAGACCUUUUGCUUCCGGAUCCACGCCUGGAUUCUGAGAUUCUUCCCGUUGUUCAGCAAAGGAAAUAUCCCAAGCUCUUUGUGGACGGGCCCUUCGGGAGUCCCUCGGAGGAAGUGUUUAGCUACGAGGUCAGCCUUUGCGUGGCGGGUGGGAUCGGAGUCACCCCCUUCGCCUCGGUGCUGAACGCUCUGCUGGACGAGUGGCAGCAGUACAAACUCCGGAGGAUUUACUUUGUUUGGAUUUGCAAGGAACUCCAGGCGUUCUACUGGUUUGCUGACCUGCUGUGUGCUCUGCAUCAGAAGCUGUGGCAGGACAAUCGUCCAGACUACUUCAACCUCCAGCUGUACCUCAGCAAGACCGAUGGGCUGCAGAAUAUAUCAGGGGAGCGGUUCCGGGCCCUUAAUUCCAGACUUCUGAUUGGACGUCCUCAAUGGAAGCUGCUCUUUGAAGAGAUUGGGAAGGCCAAUAAGCACAAACGUGUUGGUGUCUUCUGCUGUGGGCCGAAAGGAAUAUCACAAACUCUGCACAAACUCUGCAACACCAGGCACUCUGGGGCGACGUUCGAAUAUAACAAGGAAUCAUUCAGCUGAGACUUAGCAGAGCAGUAUUUACACAGAAGUGCAAUGGCAGAGAAACUGAUUUGUUCAUCAGUGGAGGGACGUUAAGUGUUAAUUUUAAAUGAUGGUGAAGAAAGACACAGGUUUUGAACAAAAGGUAUAACUGUUACAGCGUAUUUGAAUCCAAAGCCUCUACUUUUUUAAAGUGUGGACAAUAGGGCAUUAUUUUUUGAAGCCUAAAGAGCACUGCCUUUUUAAAAAGUUUCAAAAACUUGAAGUGCAAUUGGAAUUUGUACGUAUCCCAGGAUUUUUCAUAAUUGUUUUUAUUUGUGAGAAAAAUGCAAUGAAAUGUAAAUGAAAUCUCCCUUCUGGUGCUAUUGUACUUUUUCGUGCUCAGCUUUUCUUGUUAAUUUAUAGUUCCAAAUUUUUAUCCUUUGUUUUUAUUCUCACUGUAGAUGUUUUGUAAUUGUAUCAAAUAUUCAGAUUUUUAUUACUGUUUUAUGCAAUUGAACAUCUGAUGUAAAAACAGGACACAGUCUUGACAUAAAAACAGCUUUUUACCAAACCAUUAUUUCAUUAUUUUCUCUUCAUUUGGCAAUUGUAAAAUAUGUGUAUAUUUUUCCAAAUGAAAUAUUUUUGUGUUUGAAUGUUUUAUUAAAAGCAAGGCACAAUCAUGAAUAAAUGCAUAUU